GAUAAGAGCUUAGUCGAGUGUUGUCUGCAGGUGCAAAACGAUCGUUUUUUCGUUUUCGGCGUAGUUUUCGGUGUACCUAACUAACCGUUGCCCUUCAGGUGACAGGUUGUGUGUGAUUCAUAACUAGGAUUAGGUCGAGAAUUGUUCUAUUAGUGCUUCGAAUUGACAUUUGGAAAAAAAAAUAGUGUUAAGUGCGAAUUGGAUUCGGAAUUGUGCAACUGCUUAAGAGGAUUAUGAUUUUCUAAUCAACGGGGAAAAAAGACAAAACCGUAAAACCAUGCGAUCGACCCUGGUGUUAUCCACCGCCAUCCUUCUGGCGGUGUUGGUCCCCGCCCGCGGCCAGGAAAAUGUCCAAACCCGGGUUGCCCCCUCCCUGUUGGAGUGUUACCAAAAUCCGGACCUUUUCGAACGUGACAACCGGCUGCCGAUGACGAUGAACAUGCUGAUCGAGCUGAUCCGCAAGGUCGAAGAUGCGCCCGAGUUCAACCAAGAUAUGCGGCAGCUGUCGGUGGCACUGCUGCACCGGUUCCGCCAGGACGGUAUCGUGCGGGCUCCCGGAGUGCAGAACAUUGCCGGCGUGCUGCCAUUCAGCCCCAUUCAGUUCCAUUUCACCAAGCAUAGGAUCCUGUUUUCGCGCCUCCUGCCGGGAAAUGCCCAAAGCUUCCCGAAUGCUACGUUGACGCCGAUGGAGAGGUGUUCGCUUCACUUCAUGUUGUCCAGCACGAUCGACACGAUGGUUCGUGGAGAUGAGAACAUUCGUUGCUCUCAACUAUCGCAGUACCGAGCUGCUCGAGUACCUCGGGAGGCAGCCCUGAAGGACCGCAACAAGUUGAACUCCAACUUCCUUGGAGACAUCGAAAUGCUUAACCAACCGGAAAUGAACCAGAUUCGGAAACAAAUCAAGAAAAUGAAACACUCCGCUCGGAUGGAGAUGGAUCCGGAAGACGAACAAAUGGAAGAGGCAACCGCGGUUCCGGAAGCAGUAGCAGCGGAGGCCGAAGAGCAGGAAGAGGAACCUGCUGUCGAUGCACAACUUGGAGAAGGUGAACUAGUCGACGAUGCGAGUCUGGUGGACAUCGCCACGAACGCCAUAAGUGCCUGCCCGGUCGAGAGCGGUGUUGUCUACACUCGAUGGGGAACGCUCUCAGCCGGAACAGUUAUUGCUGGUAUCGCAGCUGGCCUCGAGCCGCAGACAGUACAACUUCGGGAUCUGAUGCCACCGAGAAGCUCGCAGUUCCGUGCCCGUCAACAGGCGACACCGAUGCGCGUGGAGAACCGAUGGGCAGCUACACUGGCCGGAGACCUAGCCGAAGUCACGUUACUACACGCACCGUCCCAGCCCAACAACAUUCAGGUGGGAGCAUCCGGAGCCUGGAACGCAACCGUUGUGCCCCGGUGGUUCUUCCUGAGUCAGCGAACGGCCCUGGAGAUGACCGAUGCGGAGAUUCGUGCCGGAAUCGAUGGGCUUGUCCUUGCCGACAACAUCAUCGAAUGGCGCAAUCGAGCCAACAUGCUGCGGUUGAGUCAGGUCCUGGACAUGUACUACUCGCCGCGGGGAGUCUUCAAUCAGAACAUUCGGUCCUGCAACCGAAGGGAUCUGUUCACUACGGUGGCACCGAUUCAGACCAUGCGAGACCAGGCGGUCGCGUUCAGCAACAUUUUGGACAAAGAGAUGCAGAUGGCGUUCACGGUGACGCAGGAAGCGAUCGUGCAGUUCUCCGGAGCGGCUGCUGAUGCGUUGGCUACCUAUGUUCCAUCAUCCUUGAAUGACUUGUCCUGCGAGGCCACGGCUAUCACUCCCAACGACCCCACCGUCUGGAGAACUGCUGCCGAUCUCUUCAUCUACGUUGACUCAUCGUGGUCGUUCAUGGACAUCCACUCCGUUGUUGCAAAUCUACUGGACAAUCUGGAUGUUGGUCGCUUCGGUACCACGUACACCGUUCUAAAUGCUUUCAACGGCGAAGUCAUCGUCAACUCCACACAGUUCUUGGCUGAUUUCCAUACGAUGUAUACUCAACCAAUCCACGUUGCCCAACCAGCGGGACUGAACCUUCCGACCGUGCUGCGAUCGGUCCGGGACCAGGUAACUCCGAUCAUGAUGGCCGAACGGCAAAACAACAGCAUGAGUGGCCGGUCGAAGAUCUGCCUAAUCAUGCCGAACACGGCCGCAGUGAGCGAAGGCGACUCCAACUUUGCCAUCGAACGGUUGCAGAUUCUGCGUGAGGAAGUUCCGGACCUGCGUUUCCUCUACUUUGCCGGCGGUAGCCACACCCGGUUCAAUCGGUUCGUUCGGGAGGAAAGCCGUGACGUCUUCCAGCUGCGAGAGCUAGGAUCGGGAGCGGUGAUCGAUGGGGUCACCGUGCAGACGGCUCCGGUCAUCCAACGCAUCCAACAGGAACAGAGAAGGAUAGUGAACCCACGCUGUGGACACGACUGGAUUCAAACCAGCUGGGGAUCGAACACGAUCAAUCAGUACGUGGAACCGCGCGGUAUUGUGUUCUACCGGCUGCAGCCGAACUACUUCUUCCAGCAGGCCGAGAACCGACGACUGAGGAUUCAGGGCCAUGGAUUCGCUACGCUCACCGUGUGCCACUCGAGAUGGGUCCCGAUGCCAAGAGCCAACGCCACCCAGAACAACGACGUCAUCAACUGCCGCACGAUCGGAACGGAAACGGUCGACAUCGAUCUGUCGAACGCGUGCGAAGGUCAUUCGGUGAUUCACAGCUGUCCGCCGGUAUUCUUCUCGGUCCAACAUACCCAGCAAACGGAGGUGACCGCCCUGCGGUGUACCGAGCGGGAGUGCCGUUUCCCCGACAAUGCACGGUUUGCCGUGGUGGUGGAUAAUCUGGGCUGUUUCAGUGGUGCCGGUCAACUGCUGGGUUCGCUGGCGGUGCUUCUGGCUGCAUUGGCCGGUGUGCUUUUCCGGCAGUAAGAUGCGGAUGACGGUGGGAGGAAAUUGGGAUAUACAGAGUGAUGUAGGAUGGAGCUACCGACCGAUUAGAGUUUUAAGCACAGAAACCAUCUUAGGGAUAAAAAUGACAAAAUAGAAUAUACUUUGUAAGCAGUAAAUAAAUGUAAUUCACAAUUUCACUAAAUCGGAAAAUACACGAAUAGACUAAGGAAA